CUUCACUUAUCAUUUCCCAUUUCCCUACCAACUCACUCAGUGUUAUGGCGAAGGCAUCGAAGGACAUUGAUAAAGUGGCACAAAAACAAGUCACAUCCUUCCUACAGCUAAAACAGACAGAUUCAAGCACAUCCCACGCACUCCAAACGCUCGAUAACGAUGUAGUUACGCCAAAGACUCCAGCAGAUGAAGGAAAGCAGUUUUUUCUCGGUGAACGGAGUGCAGAUGAGCGGCCGAUAUCCGUCUACGAGCUAAGAUUGGAUCCCGAUGGUGGGCCUAACAAAGACCGAUCUUAUAUCCGGCUUCCGCCAGCAUAUAUUCCAUACAUUUUACGCGUCUCUCUUGACGCAGGAACACCAGCUUCAAAGAAUGGCGUAUUCAAGACCAAUUUCCCUUUGGAUGGCGGCGUAUUCGAACGAAACAAGUUUGUUGAGCGCAAGCUUCCCAGUGACUUCUCGAAACCUAUUCAAGUGGAUUUACCUAUCUCUCAUGCGGGAGCAUUCAAGUAUUGGGUCGAGUACGAUGGCGAAGUUCCCGGAGAACGUGCCAAAGGGAGAGAAGGUUACUUUAAUAUAGAUCCAAUCUUGCGCACCAAAGCGCGAUCCCCAAUUCUUUCGUCAGACAUGAAGCCACUGAGUCCUGCGCAGGGCGGCGCAGUUCUUUCACCGGAGAUCGUGUACUUGCCUCUGGACGGCCUGGCUAUACUCACCGUUGUUUCGAAAUGGAUGGGCCCAAUUUCAAACUGGCGAGAACAUUUCACCGAGGCAGGUGAUCGUGGUUAUACCAUGUUGCAUUGGACACCGCUACAGGAACGGGGCUCAAGUGACAGCCCAUACUCCAUUAAGGACCAGAAACAUUAUGAUCCCUCCAUCUUUAUGAGCAGCGUUGAUCCAGGUACUAUCGAUACUCAGGUUAAGGAGAUUUUGCGUGUGGCGAAAGAGGAAUACGGUCUACUAAACCUGACCGAUGUCGUGCUAAACCACACUGCUAGCGACAGUCCCUGGCUCAUCGACCACCCAGAGGCUGGGUACAGUCCGGAAAAUACCCCCCAUCUGACUUCUGCUUUCGAACUUGAUACCGUGAUCCUGGAAUUUUCUUCGUCUGUUGCAUCAAAGGGCCUCCCUACACAAGUUCGAUCUGAAGCCGACAUUGACGUGCUCAUGACUGGCCUGGCUGAAUCCAUCAAGGCCCAUAACAUGUGGCAGUACUAUGUCCUAGAUGUCGAGCGGGAGAAAGAAGUGGUGAAAGAUGCAAUAAAGAAUGGGAAAAUUGUACCAUGGAGGGGCCCUGACGUUGCUGGAAAAUCUGUUGUUGCACUGGCCGAAAUUGCUAAGACCUCAUCCGUUGUUUCAGGUCUCGGCGAACUGGGUUCGCGCUAUGGCGCUCGCUCAGAUGGCGAGAUGGCAGCAGGACUCCUCAAAGCAGCGUCCGUAAACAUCGUAAACGAUGCCGAUAUCCUGGUGGAAAUCUGGGAUCGCGUGGUUGACGUGAUCAAUGUCCCCCUCUACGAGGAGUGGGAAAAGGACACGAAGAUUGCUCUAGAUCACGUGAAGAAUCGCCUCAAGUAUACUCGGCUGGAGGAGAAUGGCCCAAAACUUGGUGAGAUUUCAGCGAGCUGUCCUCUUGUAGAGUCAUAUUUCACUCGUUUGACACCGCCUGGUCCGUUUGACCAGGGGAAAUAUAGUGUCGCCAAUAACGGUUGGAUAUGGGACGCGGACCCACUUCAGAAUUUUGCCCUCCCACCGUCAAAAGCUUACCUCCGGCGCGAGGUCAUCGUAUGGGGCGAUUGUGUGAAGCUUCGAUAUGGCUCGGGGCCAGCUGACAAUCCAUGGCUUUGGGAGCAUAUGAUGUCCUACGUAAGGAUGCUUGCAGCCACAUUCGAUGGCUUUCGUAUCGAUAAUUGUCACUCAACACCGGCGCAUGUCGGUGUUGCAAUGCUCGAUGUGGCUCGUAUCGUCAAUCGAGAUCUUUACGUCUGUGCCGAGCUUUUUACGGGCAGCGAGGAGAUGGAUCUACUAUUCGUGCAGAGAUUGGGCAUCAACAGUCUCGUUAGGGAAGCAGGUAACGCCUGGGAUCCCAAGGAGUUCUCGAGAGUCAUGUAUAGAUUCGGCCUUGGAAAACCGCUCGGAUCUAUGGAUAAUGCAUGCUUGACAAACAUGGAAGAACUCGAUCCUCCCUUCGGAAAAGGUCCAACGCGUCCAUGCAUCGUCAGCCCUUUGAACGGCUCUGUGCCUCAUGCACUCAUGUACGAUCUCACGCAUGACAACGAGUCCUAUCUCGACAAACGUUCUGCAGAGCAUGCACUGUCCGUCGCUGGCAUUGUCACAUUUGGUUACUGUGCAAUUGCUUCAGUGAAAGGUUUUGAUGAUCUAUAUCCGAAGCUAAUUAAUCUUGUCGAGGAAAAGCGGCAAUACGAGCUAACUCGGCUUGGCGAAAAUUCGGGCAUUGCAAGGGCAAAGAGAUUGCUGAAUGGCUUGCAUCGGGAAAUGAUUCUUGGUGGAUUCGAGGAGGGCCAUUACUGGCAAGAGGGUGAUUAUAUCCUCGUUCAGCGGAUGCAUCCGACCAUUCAGAAGGGUUAUCUACUCAUUGCCCAUACUGCAUUCUCAAAGGGCGCAAAGAUCGCGGCGUCGGUGCUAAACACUAUAGAGUUGUCUACCAGAGCUCGAUUCAUAUAUGGCGCUUCGAUCGAAUUUUCAUCAUACGAAACGCCAUAUGAUUCCAACACAAUCCGAGGGCUUCCCGGGAAGCUGGUUGAAAUUCCCAAUGUUGUCGUCCCACAGAUAUCGCAUGAUGUUGCGUCGUUCUGCAGGAUCACAGUCCCAGACUACUUCCCGCCUGGAAGUAUUCUCAUU